UCACUCAAUCGUCAAUACGCUUUGGCAGCGCGCAAAUCGAAGAACAAACGAACGGCAUAUUUUUUUUAAACACUCUGUCCCCGUGUGUGUGUGAGUGCGUCCGAGUGUUUGUUUGUUGUGUGUGUGUGUGUAUUGGCAAAGGAAAUUAGCACAACAAAAGCGAAAAGGAAAAGGAAACGAACACGCACGCAUCUCGUCACGCGGAUAAAAACUCUUCGAUCCGAUCAGAAAUCAUAAAUCAGAAAUCGUCUGUAAUAUAAUCGCAAUUCGCAAUGUCGUCCGAAGUGGAAUCGCAGCAAAGUCAGGAGACAAAUGGAACCAGUAAAUUCGAUGUGCCCGAGAUAGAACUGAUCAUAAAGGCCUCAACCAUCGAUGGCCGACGAAAGGGCGCCUGUUUGUUCUGCCAGGAGUACUUCAUGGACCUGUACCUGCUGGCCGAGCUGAAGACGAUCAGUUUGAAGGUGACGACUGUCGACAUGCAGAAGCCGCCGCCCGACUUUCGCACCAACUUCGAGGCCACACACCCGCCAAUCCUCAUCGACAACGGACUGGCCAUUCUCGAGAACGAGAAGAUCGAGCGGCACAUCAUGAAGAACAUCCCCGGUGGCUACAAUCUCUUCGUGCAGGACAAGGAUGUGGCCACGCUGAUCGAGAACCUGUACGUCAAGUUGAAGCUGAUGCUGGUGAAGAAGGACGAGGCGAAGAACAAUGCCCUGCUCUCGCAUCUGCGCAAGAUCAACGAUCAUUUGGCCCCGCGCAACACGCGUUUCCUCACCGGCGACACCAUGUGCUGCUUCGACUGCGAGCUGAUGCCACGCCUCCAGCACAUCCGUGUGGCGGGCAAGUACUUUGUGGACUUUGAGAUCCCGACGCACUUGACGGCGCUGUGGCGUUACAUGUAUCACAUGUACCAGCUCGACGCCUUCACACAAUCGUGCCCGGCCGACCAGGACAUCAUCAAUCACUACAAGCUGCAACAGAGUCUCAAAAUGAAGAAGCACGAGGAGCUGGAGAUGCCCACAUUUACCACAUCCAUUCCAAUUGAUAUUUCGGAGUAGGUUUCCUAGGGAGCAGAGCCAUGCAGCCACACAUCAACUUAUAGUAUACAGCAACCACAAUAUUUUGGACAACUUUACAACAACAACAACAACAACAACAACAACAGCAGCAGCAGCAACUCUGAGGACUAUACAUAGAUGUAUACUUAACGGAUAAAACUACCCAAGCAUAUAUUAUAAUAUAUAUAUAUAUAUAUAUAUUAUAUACCUACUAUAAAUAACGAGUACA